AUGAAGUUCUCCAUGGUCCUUGUGCCCAUCCUCGCUGGAUUCGGCCUGGCGGGUGUGGUGCGUCAGAGAGAAGAAUCUGCUGCAAACGCGGCCGACGUUGCGGAUGCCGCUAAUGCCGCUAAUGCCGCUAAUGCUGCCAAUGCUGCCAAUGCUGCGGACAGUGUCAACGCAGCCGAUGUUACAAACAGUAUCGAGGCUGCUACUGAUGCGGAAGUAUGCUGCAACACAACUCCCUGUUUCAUUGGAUGCCCAGUCAAUGGAGUGUUUGUGGGAUUAUUACUAUCAGCAAUCAUGCUAAUGUAG